GUAAAAAGGCUCGAGGUGGCGGGGAUGCGGGGACAGCCAUCCUUGGUGACGUGGGGAAUCAGGACACGGGGACAACCAUGUCCUGGGAAAGUGGAGACUGUGUUGGGAUAACGGGACAGCCCCGCCUGGGGACACGGGGACAACCACGUACUAGAAUGCUGCUCAUGGGGACACCUGUGACACGGGGACAUCGCCACUCCUCGCUCUCUCUGUCCCCAGAGCUCGCGGUGACCCUCAUCCCAUCCCCGCUCCCCCGGCCACCCGCGGACCAUGAACGUGCUGGCUCCGGUCCGCAGGGACAGGGUCAUCGCCGACCUGCCCCCGUGUUUUCGCAAGGAGGCCGCUCUGCACACCCGCCCCGCCUUCCACCCCGCGGUGGCCAGCGCCUGCCAGGAGGAGCGGACGGGCACUGUGGGGUUCAAGAUCUCCAAGAUCAUCGUGGUGGGAGAUCUCUCGGUGGGGAAGACCUGCCUGAUCAACCGGUAACGGGACCCCCGGAGAGGCUUGGAGGGGGGUGGCGAGUUGGGGGAGUGACCGCAGUCCCCCAAAGGACAGCAGCACCUUGGGCUGAGCCCGGCUCCGGCCAGCCUCUGGUGGGACACAGCCGGCCAGGAGCGUUUCAAGUGCAUUGCCUCCACCUACUACCGGGGAGCACAGGCCAUCGUGAUUGUCUUCGAUGUCAACGACGUGGGGUCCCUGGAACACACACGGCAGUGGCUGGCUGAUGCCCUGAAGGAGAACGACCCAUCCAACGUGAUCCUCUUCUUGGUGGGCUCCAAGAAGGAUCUGAGCACACCAGCACAGUACAGCCUGAUGGAGAAGGACGCUCUCAAGGUGGCCCAGGAGAUGCAGGCAGAGUACUGGGCUGUGUCCUCACUCACUGGGGAAAACGUGCGGGAUUUCUUCUUCCGAGUGGCGGCGCUGACCUUCGAGAGCAGCGUGCUGGCCGAGCUGGAGCGCGGCGGCAACGCCCGCAGGAUCGGCGACACCGUGCGGAUCAGCAGCAAGGAGAGCGACCUGUACCUGUCAACGCCCCGCAAGAAACCCAAGUGCUGCCAGUGACGGGGCAGCCCCACCCUCCUCUGUGCUCACACCUCUGGACCAAAGAGGGGCGACCCCGGCCGGCCCCAAGGAGCCGCCCCUGCCACCCCCAGCUCCCCCUGGCCCCUCGCCUGCCUGGGCACCCCUGGCUGGGGUGGGCAGGAGCACCUGUAUGGCUCCUGUAGUUAUGCAAACCCAGGUACUGCUCGCAGGGGGAGAUGCCCUCAG